AUGGAUAAUCAAAAUCAAGAUUCUUUAAUAGCCGGUUCAAAAAUAAUUCGAAUGCCAUCACUCAAAAGAGGGAGAGAUGAUGUACCAUUAGAUGAUAGGGUAAAAUUAGAAAGGGUUCUAGGAUUAACAGUUGGUAGCAAUGCUGCUUUGGAUUGUGAUCCUUUAUCUGAACAAAUUGCAUACCCGGCAGGGUGUACAGUUGUUCUUUUUAAUAGCAAAAAAAAUAGGCAAAAUCAUAUAUUAAACGUGAGCAAAAAAACAAUAACUUGUUUAGCAUUUGGUUCAGGGGGUAAAUUUUUGGCUACCGGCGAAUGUGGUCACGCGCCAAGUUUAAGAAUAUGGAACGUUCAGGAUGGACAACAAAUGGCGGAAUUUCAAGGACAUAAAUAUGGAAUAAAUUGUGUUGCUUUUUCUCCGAAUAACAAAUAUGUCGUCUCUAUCGGGUCGCAGCACGAUAUGAUAGUAAAUGUAUGGGACUGGAGAAGUAAUGUUAAAGUUGCCAGUAAUAAAGUUUCGACUAAAGUUAAAGCCAUAUCCUUUGCAGAAAAUGGAAAAUAUUUUGUUACUGUUGGAAUGAGAAAUGUUAAAUUUUGGUAUUUGGAAACCACAAGAUCUGCAAAGUACAACGAUCCAGUUCCUUUGACUGGUCGUUCGGCAAUAUUAGGAGAACAACGUGAUAAUUACUUUUGUGACGUAGCCUGCGGAAGAGGAGCAAAAGGGGAUUCAACAUAUUCCAUAACCAAGUCUGGUUUACUUUGUGAAUUUAGCAUUCGAAGAAUGCUUGAUAAGUGGGUAGAACUUAAAACAAAGAGCGCUAAUUGUAUGACAAUAGGAGAAAAUUUUAUAUUUGUCGGAUGUGCUGAUGGUAUUAUUAGAUGCUUUAGUCCGAUGACGUUACAAUUUUUAGUUACACUUCCACGAACUCAUUAUUUGGGCGUUGAUGUUGCUCUAGGAUUAAACAUUAGCCAUCUUUUAACUCAUCCCGAAGAUGCCAAAUAUCCAGAUGCCAUUGCUUUAGCCUACGAUGAAAUAAAUAAUAAAUUAACUUGCGUCUAUAAUGAUCAUAGUUUAUACGUGUGGGAUGUUCGAGAAAUUAAAAGAGGGGGAAAAUCUCAUUCGUUUCUUUUUCAUUCGGCUUGUAUUUGGGGCGUUGAAGUUUAUCCCGAAGUCGAAACUCAAGAACAAUUACCCGUUCCUCCCGGCUCAUUUAUUACUUGCUCAAGUGACGAUACAAUAAGAGUAUGGAAUUUAAAUAAUUUGGGGAGUAAUAACCCGACCGUUUACAAGCGUAAUAUUUAUAGCAACGAAUUAUUAAAAGUUUUAUACGUUGAUAAAAAUUUGACUUACUUGAAAGAUUUAGAUUUAACAAUUUCGUCUGCGGAAAAAGUGGAUUCUUCUUACGAUGGUAAAAACGGUGUGCGAUCCGUAAGGAUUAGUCCCGAUGGUAAACAUCUGGCAUCGGGAGACAGAGAGGGAAAUAUUCGUAUUCACGAGCUGAGCAAUCUUCAGCAAACGGUCAUAAUCGAAGCUCACGAUGCAGAAGUCUUGUGUUUGGAAUAUACGAAAGAUACGAACGAUAACUUAUUAGCGAGCGCUUCAAGAGAUAGGCUCAUACACGUGUUUAAUGUCAUGAAGGGUUACGAGUGUACUCAAACAUUGGAUGAUCACAGUAGUUCGAUAACCUCCGUUCGUUUCAUCAAUAACAGGGGACAACUUCAAAUGAUUUCUUGCAGUGCGGAUAAGAGUAUUAUUUUCAGACAGUAUCAACCUGCUGGUCCCGAUGGUACGAAACAAUUUGUUAGGGAUCACAACGUUGCGGGUAAAACGACUUUGUACGACAUGGAAGUCGAUUGUAGUCAAAAACACAUUUUAACGGCUUGUCAAGAUAGGAACAUCAGGGUUUACAAUGUUAACAGCGGUAAACAUAGUAAAACGUUCAAGGGAAGCAUGGGAGAGGAUGGUACAUUAAUUAAGGUUUCUUUAGAUAAUUCGGGAAUUUACGUGGCCACGAGUUGCACGGAUAAAUCCCUUUCCGUGUACGAUUAUUAUUCCGGAGAAUGCAUGGCAACCAUGUUGGGUCAUUCGGAAUUAGUCACUGGAUUAAGGUUUACAAACGAUUGCAAAAGAUUAAUAUCCGCAUCCGGAGAUGGUUGCAUAUUUAUAUGGCGUCUGCCUCGAGAUAUGACGGUCACCAUGCAAGCGAGAUUAGAUCAACAAGCCGUUAGAAAGGGAAAAAGAACGGUGUCAUUAAAUCCGGAUUUGAACCUGAACGAAGGACAAGAAUUAGUCAGCGAUGAAGAACCUGAAAUAUACGACGUCGAUAAUACGGCAAAUAUUGAAAAAGCCGGUUUCAGGUUUUCAAUGAGUCAAUUACCAGCUUGGGCCAGGCGAGAAAUAUCAGAUCCGAAUAAGGGAGGUAAAAGUCCGUUGGAAUUAAACGAUACUCCAGAGCAACCGAUCAGAACCGGAUUUAGCGUGAUUAAAGUCAGUAAACCACCGCAGGGGAGAUGGGCUCAAAGAAUUGAAAAUAAUGAAAUAAUGAUAGCAACUUUUAGUCCAGGUUUAGGAAACUUUACAUAA